CAAAAGAAAAUUACAACCCCUCAACAAAAGGGCAUAAACAGAAACCCCUGUUCAUGAUUUGAACUUCAUCAUUCUCAUUCAUUCUCCAGACUGUCAAAAAUCCAAACUUUCUUAACAAAUCACAACCCCUUUGCCACCAUCUUCAACCCCUUUUGCUCCUCCACCAUGGCGGCGGCGGCGGCGGCAGCAUGGCAGCCUCAAGAAGCAGGGUUUAAGGAGAUCUGUGGGUUACUUGAACAACAAAUUUCUCCAUCUUCUGAUAAAUCCCAGAUAUGGCAGCAGCUUCAGCACUAUUCCCAGUUCCCAGAUUUCAAUAAUUAUCUGGCUUUUAUUCUGGCUCGUGCUGAGGGAAAACCAGUGGAGGUCCGACAGGCAGCCGGAUUGCUUCUGAAAAACAAUCUAAAAACCGCGUUCAAGUCAAUGCCGGUAACAAAUCAAGAAUACAUAAAAGCCGAGCUGUUACCGUGUUUAGGAUCAGCAGAUAGACAGAUCAGAUCAACAUCUGGAACUAUCAUUAGCGCUAUUGUUGAGCUCGGUGGUGUUUUAGGAUGGCCCGAGUUGCUGCAUACCCUUGUUAAGUGCUUAGAUAGUACCGACUUAACUCAUAUGGAAGGGGCUAUGGAUGCUUUGUCUAAGAUUUGUGAGGAUGCUCCUCAAGUGCUUGAUGUGGAAAGCCCCGGCUCAUCUGAGCGACCCGUUGAUAUAUUUAUUCCAAGAUUACUUCAGUUAUUUCAAUCUCCACACGUCUCUCUUAGAAAGCUUGCUUUGGGCUCUGUAAAUCAGUUCAUUCUGUUGAUGCCACCUGUUUUGUUUAUGUCUAUGGAUACAUACCUGCAAGGUUUAUUUGUUCUUGCUAAUGAUCCAUCAUCAGAAGUACGGAAAUUGGUUUGUUCGGCUUUUGUUCAGCUAAUUGAAGUUCGUCCGUCUUUCCUUGAGCCACAUUUACGUAACGUAAUUGAAUACAUGCUACAAGUGAACAACGAUCCCGAUGAGGAAGUGUCACUUGAAGCCUGUGAAUUUUGGUCUGUGUUUUGUGAAGCACCGUUGCCACCUGAUAAUUUACGACCAUUCUUGCCACGUCUGAUUCCCGUUCUGUUGUCAAACAUGGCUUAUGCCGACGAUGAUGAGUCACUACUUGAUGCAGAGGAGGAUGGUUCUCUUCCGGAUAGAGACCAGGAUUUGAAGCCGCAUUUCCAUUCGUCACGUUUUCAUGGAUCAGAUGAUGCUGAAGAUGAUGACGAUGACAUAGUGAACAUAUGGAACCUCAGGAAGUGCAGUGCAGCUGCCUUGGAUAUGAUCUCCAAUGUGUUCGGUGACGAGAUUCUUCCGACUUUAAUGCCUUUUGUCCAAUCUAAGUUAAAUGUGUCGGAUGUCGCGAGUUGGAAAGAGAGAGAGGCUGCGGUUUUAGCUCUUGGUGCCGUAGCUGAGGGUUGCAUUAACGGUCUUUAUCCUCAUCUUUCAGACAUUGUAGCGUUCCUCAUCCCUCUAUUGGAUGAUAAAUUCCCAUUGAUACGGAGCAUUUCUUGUUGGACACUUUCACGUUUUAGCAAAUAUAUUGUUCAGGGCAUAGGUCAUCAAAAGGGACAUGAACAGUUUGAAAAAGUUCUCACAGGUUUUCUAAGAAGAAUUUUGGAUGAUAACAAGCGUGUGCAGGAGGCGGCUUGCUCGGCUUUUGCAAUUCUUGAAGAGGAAGCCGCUGACCUCUUGUCACCACGAUUAGAGAUUAUAUUACAGCACCUAAUGUGCGCUUUUGGGAAAUACCAGAGGAGGAAUCUCAGAAUCGUUUACGAUGCUAUUGGCACUUUAGCGGAUGCAGUUGGAGGAGAAUUGAAUCAGCCUAAAUACCUUGAAAUUUUGAUGCCGCCACUAAUUGCAAAGUGGCAGCAACUUUCAAAUUCCGACAAAGACCUCUUCCCACUUUUGGAGUGCUUUACAUCCAUAGCACAGGCAUUGGGUAGUGGAUUCGCGCAAUUUGCUCAACCUGUUUUCCAGAGGUGCCUAGACAUCAUUCAGAGUCAACAGCUUGCAAAGGUCGAUCCUGUUGCAGCCGGGGUUCAGUUUGACAAAGAAUUUGUGGUGUGUUCAUUGGAUCUUCUCUCCGGACUGACCGAAGGUCUUGGUAGCGGAAUAGAGAGUCUGGUUUCGCAAAGUAAUUUAAGGGAUCUCCUUCUGCAAUGUUGUUUGGAUGAUGGUUCCGAUAUCCGUCAAAGUGCAUUUGCGUUGCUUGGAGACCUUGCAAGGGUUUGUCCAAUUCAUUUGCGCCCUCGUCUACCCGAGUUUCUCGAUGUUGCUGCCAAGCAACUGAACACACCCAAACUGAAGGAAACUAUCUCCGUGGCAAAUAACGCCUGCUGGGCCAUCGGAGAAUUAGCAAUCAAGGUUAACCAAGAAAUUUCUCCGGUGGUGAUGACUGUAAUUUCAUGCUUAGUCCCAAUCUUACAACAUGCAGAGGGGUUCAAUAAGUCGCUAAUCGAAAACAGUGCCAUUACGUUGGGUAGACUUGCCUCGGUUUGUCCCGAGCUUGUAUCACCCCACAUGGAGCAUUUCAUGCAGUCAUGGUGUAUUGCUUUAUCUAUGAUUCGGGAUGAUAUUGAAAAGGAGGAUGCCUUUCGAGGUCUAUGUGCAAUGGUUAAAGCAAACCCAUCAGGGGCUUUGAGCUCGCUUGUUUUCUUAUGUAGAGCUAUUGCUAGCUGGCAUGAAAUAAGGAGUGAGGAGCUACACAAUGAAGUUUCACAGGUUCUGCUUGGUUAUAAGCAGAUGCUGAAGAACGGAGCAUGGGAGCAGUGUAUGUCGGCUUUGGAGCCACCUGUAAAAGAGAGGCUUUCAAAGUAUAACGUAUAGAUUUCAGGGGCAAAUUGGUCAUUUAGCAAAGUGUUUUCAAGCAUUCUUUCGUAGCCGUGCGUCUCAAUCUCUCUAUUAGACUCAUGUUGUGCAUUAUCCUUCAACCGAGAAAAGCCAGAUUUAGGUUUUACCCAAUGCAAUAUGCAAGAUUUACACUGCAAAUCUUCAAACAUUAUGUGAGAGAACUUCAAAUACAAAGAGGAAGAAAGUAGUUUACUUGGACAUGGAUUUUGUGUACAGGGGCUUUUUCGUCAUUAUCCACUCCUGGUCGUUUUUUUCCCGAUUUUAUUUAUUAUAUACUGUGAUUGAUACUACGCGUCUUGUUAUGACAUGUUGGUUGAUCGAUUCUGAUUCUCAUCGGGUAUGAGUUUAAAGUGACGGGUUGUAAACUUUUUAUUGAUUUUUGAUCGCUAUGUGUUUGGAUUUUGGAAGUACAAUUUGUUUAACAUGUAGUUCUUAUGUUUUGGUUACC